UUGGAAGAAAUAGUCGUAUCCUCCAGGAGCGUCGUUAACUAUACCGCUCUAACUAUGAGUUCCUAUUAUAUGCUGAAUAAGGAACCACUCGGCUUGAAUGUUCCUGGUCGGAUGUUCAAGAUACUCACCCUAUUUGCUAUCACGGCUCUCCUUGGGUUCCUAUUCUUCAACCAGAAGUCAGUAGCUUCGAACUUUGAUUCAUCGGAUAAAUCAACUAGCCCCGUAUAUUCUGUAGUAUGUUCUACUUCUCAAACUGCGGUGGAAGAACAACGUAUUCCUGCUCCCGUUCUGCUCGACUCUUCUGACCCAACGUUUGCAUUCACCUUCGCUGUAAGGAGAAAUAUCGAUAAGUUGCUUUCUGGGAAGAUCACUGGAUCAAAUAUUAAGCCUUUUGGAAGUAUCUACGAACAGUUUAAGGUCGCUCAUGCUUUGAAGCUUGCAAGUUGUGAGAACCCUAAAGGAAUGAGUACAGUACUGAUGAACAUGAUGUGCUAUUUGUACGAUGAAGAGAAGUUCCUUGGAGAGAACAACAAUAUCGCUUCUACCUGGUGGAGUAACAGUGCAUGCAAUUUCCGCAACGCCCUUCCCUCUCAUAGAGAUGUCGAGAAGAAUAUGCCUUUUGGAGUAAACCACAUUGCUGUUAUUAGAAAUCCAUUCAGUCGUUUCGUUUCUGCUUAUCUCAACAAAUGUGUAGUAGAGGUUAAUCAAGGAAUCCAUGGUGGAUGUUACAACUGUUCCACAGCGGAAGAACCAAACUGUAUCAUUGAAAACGUGUAUGAGAGAUUGACAACAGAAAACAUUGACAAAAAAAUGAAUCGUAAAACUCCUUAUUAUUAUGAAACAUACCAUUUCGCUCCACAAACCUGGGUUUGCCAGAUGAAAGAGAUCUAUAAGUCGACAGCCUUUAUUCGCUACGCUGAUUUCGGUUCAGGAAAGAGAGAGAUGUACUCGAAUAUCGUUUCUACGUUGAGAGCCUUCAAUGUCCCAACAAGGAACGUAGAUUACAUUGAGAAAUCUUUUGAAUCUCAACAUAAGACUUGGCAUGCCACUCGCUCAAUGGACGAACGUGAUAAGCUCAUUGAUAACAUAUUAUCAAACAGAACCUUAUAUGACAUGCUAAUGGAUAUUUACAAACAUGAUUUUGAUAUUUUCGAGUUCAGCCCACCAUCCUUCAAAGAUAGAACAACUCGGUCAGCUGUUAAGAAAGUCUAA